AUGGCAUCUACACCUGCUCCAUUCGUGCGGAGGACGCGGGGUCUUCCACGCCGGGACUAUAAUGCUCUACACAAUGGCCUGGUUUCAUCACCUUCUGAGCAAUCCGAGGAAUCCAUUUGUGAAAUAGGACGCCCCUACUCUCCGGAACACUCUCCGUCUAGGGGCCCUGAGCAAACACCCCAAUCUAAGCGGUCCUACUGUCUGCCUAGUUCUUCCCCCUCCCCGCUUGAUCCCGCGUUUUCAGAGAGCACGAGCAAUACGAGUAGCUUGCAUCCGUAUAAGAGACGAAAAACCAAGUCCUAUUCUAGUUGGACCACUGAGCACUUUUGGACCACAGAGCUGGACAACACUUGGUGUCGACAGGGCGGCCCCUUGAAGAAUGACCGAUUGCUGGUUUGCAAGCACUGUAGCUGGUCCUCCAGGGAUUCGGCGCGCUAUGGUUCCACUUCGAAUUUGUUGGUGCAUCUCCAGACCAAGCAUCGUAUCAAAUCCGGGAAUCACCCUAUAUUGUUGCCCACGGCCGAAGGGAACCUCGACCCAUUCUUGGAGUCGCCGGGGAAGAAGGCUGAUGUUGAAAAGACGCUAGUCCAAUGGGUCAUUCAAACAAGGCAGCCUUUCACGGUAGUGGAGCAUCCGGCGUUCAGGGCACUUAUUGAAGCAACGGGGGUUAAGUUGCCUAUCAGGACCGCUGACACUCUCUUCAAUCGAAUCAAGGACGAAUUCCACUCAGAUAGGGCUUGCGUGAAAGAAAAGCUUGCUAUAAGCAGUCGAACACUCGCAUUAUCUCUUGACGUUUGGACUUCGGAGAAUCAGAUCGCGAUAAUGGGUAUCAUGGGUCAUUGGAUCUCCCCCGAGUUUGAAAAGCGAGAAGAACUUCUCGAGUUCACGGAUAUCAAUGGACCACAUUCUGGAGAAAAUCUUGCGGAAAUUGUGCUAAAGAUGCUCGAGGAACUGGACAUUGCGCCUAAACUCCUGACUAUCACAGGAGACAAUGCGGGCAACAAUGGGACUCUCUGCGAUAGUCUGCAUGACGAGCUCUGCAAAAAGUACGACAACGAUGAUGACCGCUUUCGCAUCAGGCCGCUAAUGCGGUUCCGUGGACGACAGAGCUUUAUCCCUUGCCUUGCCCACGUCCUCAAUCUGAUUUGCAAGGACGUGUUAGCUUCUUUGAGGGCCGGCUCGGCACGAGAGGCGAAGGCGAUGCUGGACGACUUGGCCGUCAAUACUAGCUCAGCAUUUAGCUCCCUUCACAGCACGAAAGGAGCAAUCAUGAAAAUCCGGCUUUUGACACUAUGGAUCGCCCGCAGCCCACAACGCCGCCAAGAUUGGAAAGAAGUGUCACCAGGCAAGCAAGUCAGCUAUGAUGUUGACACCCGAUGGAACUCAACCUAUGUCAUGAUCCAAGACGCCCUCCGGCUACAGACUGAGCUGGGGCAAUUUGUCCGGAUACAUCCAGAAGUCCAGGCCCUUCAGCUCACCGAUGACGAAUGGUCGACGCUUCAGCAAGUAGCCAAGAUUCUCAAGCCGUUUUGGGACCACACAAACUCCGUAUCAAAGACUCGCCCGACAAUUGUGGAAAGUCUACCAAUUUAUUGGAGCUUGGACGACUUGUUGAACGACGUUCGGAAUGCCGCGGGAGAUUUUGAAGAUGUGAACACUGAAAUUCGAAAUGCAGUGGAAAGAGGGAUUCGGAAGAUGAACAAGUUUGCCAGGAAAAUGGACGACAACCUUCUUUACUACGUUGCUUCCGUGUUGGAUCCGCGUAUCAAGUCGUCCUUGAUUGUAUCGCAGAUGAGUGACCAGGAUGCAGGGCUCAUCAUUUCUCAAGUGCGCGAGUUUCUAAAGAAAGAAUAUCCCCCGGAGGCCUUUACCUUGCAUGAAUCUGAGAACUCACGUCCGCCGGGGAUGUCGGAAACCAUGUGGAAAACUCUGCGCAAAGUUCAGCCUGCCCAAGGAAAAUUUUCAUCUGAUAUCGAUAAAUAUUUGGACUCACCACCGGUCAGCUGGUCCCACCAUAUGAUCGGCGAUGCGGACGAAGAAUGGGUCCUGAAAUGGUGGAGGGCCAACGAAUUUAAUUUCCCUCUAAUGGCAAAAGCCGCUCGCGAUUACCUAUCGAUCCCCUCAGCAGAGGUCGGUAUUGAACGCGAAUUCAGUAAUGCCAGAGAUAUGUUGGGUCUCCGAAGACACUGCCUAAACGCAGAGACUAUGCGAUGGUUGAUGCUACUGAGAGAACGGUAUCAAGCAUAA